AUGUCUCACUCGAAGCAACACCAGUCUGCCCACCACAAGGACCACCACAAGCGCCAGCCUGGGCCAGCUGUGGCAGGGGCGCCGUUCGCGCAGACCGAUCUCUCGCUGGAGGGCCUGAGCCUUUCCGACUCAGUAUCGCCUAUGCGGCCUGUGCCAGGACAUGCCAAUGCCAGUGCUAGCACAGAGAACACCUUUAAUUGGGUAUGCAGUGACCCCGAGUUCAAUGCAGAGUACAGCGCGUUCUGCAGAUUGGCAGGCAGCCCCGAGUAUGCGCAUGCUAGUUUACACUCUGGCUACUCCCAAAAUGCCCCGUCUUACGCCUACUCCACCGUGGACCCGGGCCUCGUUUACGGCUCGGCCAAGCACUACGACGUGUCGAAUCCCUUCUUGCCUCGGACGGGGCCACAGCCCAUCCUGCCACCGCCGGCGUCGUCGAGCCAGAAUGUGACUGCGUCCGCUCAGCCCCAGAAGCCAGCCCCGAAGUGGCAGAAACGCCGAUGA